GAUAACAUAUCGAGAACUUCUGUAUUUAUAGAUCUAAUCAACAAGUCAGACUGACUUCAGGUUUACAAUGGAAUGGUUCUAGGCAAUAGACGAUUGAUACAAAUAUCGUCAGUGUCAGGAGUGCCUCUCCUUUUACACUUGACAUGAAGCUAGAUGAUCAAAUCUUGGUUUGAUUAGACUACUGGUCACCCAACCUGUAACCUUAAUCCUUCAGGAUUUUAAGUUCUGAAAGAAGAACGCUUUUAAACUUUCAAAGCAACUCUAUAGAUCUCUCUAUUCACCUCGCAUCAGUUAAUCCUACCAUAAGACCGUGCAUUUUAAAGCGGAAAUAAAACAAACCAACACGCUCAGCCAAACAGGAGACAUCUGAAUAUAGCCGGGUUUAAUCUUGGCGUGGUACAGUGAACUAAUUACUGUGAGAGAACGGUGUGCACGCAUACCGGUACACUUAAGUGCGAAAGAGAAGGAACUGGGCAGUUUUCCAAGAUGAAUUUGAUGUUUCGGAAGAACUUCAGCGGGGAGAAGAGCCUCUCGUCGAGCGGGGGUGGGGGCAAGGCGCGGGGCGCGCUCGGCGCAGGGAGGAACGCCAAGCGCCGCGACCGCGAGCGAUACUCCUGCAUGGAGGAACACCACUACAAGACCCACAUAUUCUUCUCCGCGGCACCGCGCGCCAGUACUCAGUACAACGACAUCACAGAACGAUGCGGGCCAGUACUGGGCGGCGGCACGGGCACGGAGCCGGAGCCGCCGCAGCCGCUGGUGACGCGCGAGCCGUCGGUCUCGCUGCUGCGCUGGGACCGCGGCCCGACCACCACCGUGCCCACCGACCGCCGCCGCACUGAGCCCGUCUCGCUCGCCACACUGGAGAAAGACUGCUUCGUUAUACCGGCGCACGCACUUGAUCGGUUCUUGCCUGAUGGGGUGCCGCUUCCAGUUCCACCUCCAACCCCAGAGAAAGGAAUGACAACAAAGACUGCACAAAACUCUCUUAGCAUCCUUGAAAUAGCUGAUCCUAAGUUGUGUAUAUUGGCUCACCUCAUGAGCCCCUUGGAGCCAAUAGAGCCAAUAUUGGAGUCGCCGCUUGCCAAACCUUUGAUAAGACAAAAAGCUGCCGCAGGGGAGCUGUUGAACGAAGUAGCACAAGCCAAUACUGCGGUUGGGGGCAUGUUGUUGGCAAACAUGGAGAAAAACGCGGAAUUCCCAUUCAUAUCAUACUAUGUUAUAAACACGACGCAAACUGACCCAUUGCUCUUCUACAACAACAUGAGAUGUGCUUCCUUGAACAAGUUCGAUCCGAAGACUAUUAGGUACUCUGCGGCGCACACCCUAGACUUGUAUAGUGAAGUAGCAAUGAUUUGUAGGCCUCCGUUUAAUGAUUUAGCUGGCGGACCGAAGAAGUCGCACACUCCUACUACUGGAUUCAUCAUUAGUGUUUAUAAGGUAUUCGAAGGCGACGAUGGCGAGCGGUUCGAAAGAAACUGGCUGUACUGGACCGGGGCCAGGAUGCUGUACCGGCACCUGCCUCACACGGUGGGCCUGCGGAAGAUCGCCCUUCACAAAUCAGUGGCCGCACACGGAGACAAGAUGUACCUGUUAGUGUGCGAGUGUGCCAACCUCAUGGACGAUCUGUCCGGAGCAGCUAUGCUGGUGACGGCUCUCCGGGCCAGGCUCUGCGGGUACACCGGCCUGUACAGACCUAUACAGACUUUCUAGUAGAGGGAGACAGGCCUUGACGGCCAUGACGGUGUUGCUCUGUAGUUUUGGAGGCAUCUCUUAGAAUGUUUGUAUUGGUGAAUUUUGGGAUGUUGAUGGUACUGAUUUAGAGUUUGUACUGGGUAUAUUAUUGCAUUAAUCUCUUGCACAAAUGUGUUGUACAAAGCUUGGUCAAUCCCUCCGGUCGAAUCGACAAAAAACAGUAAGAAACAAUGGUUUAAAAAUAGCUAAAUUGACAGUACAGAUCCCAGAAAGCAGACUUCCUAAAUUAAGUACCAAUAGACUUUCAAAACCGAUUUUCACCAAUCUAAAGGUGUCAACAAAAUAGGUCAUCGACAACACUCGUAUAUAACGGACCAAAGUAUUAAUAUUACAUUUAAGAUCGUCUUAAAUGGUGUACAAUGUAUGACUGGGUACAGGCGUGUCGAGCCAAAGUGUUCUUGUCUUAGUAAUAAGAGAUUUUAAUAUCGAAACGAGUGAUUUAAUUCUGUAGACGCUAUUUUUCCUAUAAACCUCUCAAUACUUUUAUAUGAUCUAUUACAAAACGAAUCACUUCAUAGUUCAUAUUGACAGCUAGAUAAUAUACUAUCAAUCUGAUAGAUGAUGGCUAUUCGAAUAUUUUUGUGUAUUUUGGGUGAAUGUCUUCCAAACUGUGGCGUACCCAAUAUUUGAUAGAUUGAUACAGUGAUUUAGAUUAUACCGUAUGACUAGCACUUUCUGCCGUUGUUCUAUUAUAUUUUGAAGGAUAUUCGUUGGUCUUUUUAUAAUUUUGUAACAUAUCUUAAUAUACAUAUCAUUAAACAUAAAGAAGUGAAAAGUUACUUACCUACUCCAUGUUCCGGUUCACUUUAAAGUCAGAAGAAGAUAUAUAUUCAAAAUCUUGAUACGAUUCCUCUAAUCUUUUUAUGACGCGUGACGGCAUUCACGAAUUUUCCUAUUGCAAGCAAUAAAAUAGUGUUUAAUAGAUUUACUUAUUUGGAAAUUACUUAAAUUGACGUCAUAGCUGUUCAUUCACUGCUUAAUUUCUUGUCUUCAAUUGUUUGCUAAUGAACCACCUCAUGUCAAAUUCUCAAAUAAUUAUAACUGCCACAAUUUAAAUUUGAAAUUUUUACUAAUUCUAAUUCUAUUCGCAUAUGCUCACUUAAAAAAAAAGUAAUUUUAAUUAUUAUGUAAAGAUGAGAGGCCAAUAAGCGUCACAAUAUUGUAGAAUAAUAAAUUAAAAAUAGUAAAUAAUAUAAAAGCUUAUGCGUUCUAAGCUUGGUUUAGAUGGUGAAAAAACAACUGAAAUAUUUACAUUUAAGGACACUAUGAAGUAUUGUAUCUGUUCUGUUAAUAAGGUAGGUACUUAAGUAUCUAACAGAAUAGAACGUUAAUAGAUAAAUAGCUAAAGAUUUAAAAAAAUAUGCUGGUGAAUUGCAAUCGCAUUGUAUUUUUAACCAACUUCAAAAGAGGUUUAUUUUUACUACGCUAUAGUGAAUUCAGUCACCGUCUAAACCUUUCUUAGUUAAACUUAAUUAGAUAUUGUCACUACUAAACAUUAACUUCAAAACUGUUUAAUAUGCUGGACCGACACUAAAAAUAUAUAUUUGUAAUUAAAUAAUUUGUACGACCAAAAGCCUACCUGAUAUUGUGAUUCAUUAAAUAAUAAAUUAAUAUUACGUGCACAAAGUAUAAACUUAGAUCGGCUUGAGAAGCGUUUGUAUUUUAAGAUAUUGUAAUAGAAUAUUAUUAGUGAAAUUGUAUCGUGACUAAUACAAGGUCUUGAGAGAAGUAUAAUUUCUACAAACAAAAAUGCAUUGUAGAACAAUUUAAAUGUAUGAAAGUGACAACUCUGAAGUCACUUGCUUACAUAGAAAUGUCAAAUUCAUACAUUGGAAGAAUUUUAAUCGCCAUUGUCGUUUGUAGAAAUGUCACUUGUCCACUGGAGUUCAAUAGUUUGACAAAUAGCAUCUAUAUUAAAUCUCACUCAUGGAUUAUGAUAAGUUGAUUCAAUGCUAGUCUUUAUUUUUUUUAAAUAAUAUAUUAAAGGAAAGUCAGUAAUUAGAACUUAGAAAGUUAGUAAAACGAGUUCUGAUAUCUCAAUAAACCUCAUUUUUUGUGUUUUCGCAUGCAAUGCGCACAGUUUAGAAUAUUGCACAAUUACUUAAGUACUAAUACAGUUUACGACGUUGUUUUUAAAAUUCGUGUCUAUUUUGCUGUCUCAAUAGUUCACGCUAAUGGAAUCGCUCAAUUUUGUGGGAGUGACAAAUCUAUCUGACGAAUAGAAUUGUAAUUUCCAUACAUUGUGCCGAUUUGUACUUACUUGUAGAAAUGUCAUUUGUCUACAAGUCUUUGACCGUAUUAUCAUCGAAUAGACGCGUUUUAAUUUGAAUGAUAUUAUUAUUAAUUUUCUAGUCAAUAACCCACAAGUUUUCUUUUGCUAUGGUGCUAAUUCUAGUCAAUUUAUAGAUAGCAAUAAAUCGAUGCUUGCAAUGAGAAUAGCUAGCACGGUUAAGAAUCCAGUUUUAGGCGUUUAAUUUAUUUAUUUAUGUUAAUAUAACAGUAAGUUAGACAGUUAUUUAAGUAAAUAGCAAUUUCUUUAUCUGAAAAAACUUUGACAAUUUCUAUAGCAAAAAUUAUUAGAAGUAAUCUGUUUUAAGAGUAUUAUAGAUAGUUAUUAUGCAAUUUUAUAAGGCUUAAUAAAAUUGUAAUGUAAGAAAUAAUUGUACUAAUUAAAGUUUGUAAGUAAGGUAAAAUGUUGGGGUUGUGUGGGCACCAAAAACGUAAUAUUGCAAGUUAUUGUUCUAAAACAAAAUAUAGAGAAAUAAAUAGUAUCUACUUAAUACAUCCCUGUUCUGUAAACGAACAUUCUUUUCAAGCUAAUUUAAUUUUGUAAUAAACUAGAUUUAUUAAGUAGUAGCUUGUCGAAUGCAAAGGUACUAACCACGAUUUAUUUUGCUUUUGAAAGCUCUUACAUAAUAAAAAUAUUUAGGCAAUAAAUUUGUGUUAAAAAGUUUUCUGUCUACAACGCCAUCUAGCGGCUACCUCUGUGGUAUGAUAACUAUAAAAGAUGCCUACGAAAAAAAUACAUAGAAGUUCGUGAAUUACUCUAGGAAUAGACAGGAUACUGCCAAAAACAAUAAAUUCUGCGUGAGUAUUUUUAUUAUACUUUUUAUAGAUAAAUAGAACAUUUCCUUCUAGUAAUAAUAGUUACUUAUUAAUAUUUUACGACAAAUAAUCAUUGUAACUUUUCUUAAAAUUACUGAAAUAUAAUGCAAUAGAUAUAUAAUUAUGGAAUAAAUAACUUUAUUUUUAAUAAUCACUUAAUUGUGGACUCCGAGAAAAAUUAUAGUCAAUUAUAUUUUAAUGUUUCGUAUUUUAAUGUGAUACAAUCCAAUACAUAAAUUGGCAUCACUAGACACUAAUUCCAAUUUACGCAGAUGAAGGUUCAAAUAAAACAAAAAUGUAUAAAGCAAUUUAAAAUUACUGUUUGGCUUGAAAAGCUAGAAAUGAUUGCGGGCUAAGCUCUGUAGUUUGUAUAGAGAAUUUAAUUACUUUUCAAUUAUUUUUAUAAUAAAAGUUGAAAUUGAA